AUGGCUAAUUCAUCGAAAAAUAUGGAACAACAUCACAUCGAAUCGAGUCCAUUGGUCAUUGAAGAUUCAUUCGAAGGAUAUCCAUUGAAUUAUUUUAAUUUGCCAUUACAUUAUCGUGAUGAUUUGAAAUCUGUUCUUAUUCCAUAUGGUCUCGUUCAAGAUCGUAUCGAAGCAUUAGCUAGUCGAAUUUUCUCGGAUUUACAUAUUCAUAUUCCCGAGCAACUAAUCUGUAUGUGUGUACUCAAAGGUGGCUAUCGCUUCUUUUCGGAUUUGGUUUCGAAAAUUCAAAAUGAAAAUCGUCUUCGCAAUGAUCGUAGUUUACCGAUGAGUUUAGAAUUCAUCCGUGUGCGAAGUUAUGUUAACGAUCGUUCUACUGAAGCCAUUGAUAUCAUUGGUAUCAGUGAUUUAAGCUCGUUGAAUAAUAAGCAUUUGUUGAUCAUCGAAGAUAUUAUUGACACAGGUGUGACGAUGGUUGCGUUAAAGAAGGAAUUGGAAAAGUAUAAUCCCAAGACGAUCCAUGUUGUUUCAUUAUUUACCAAACGACGUACAGAUAAGAAAUGUAUUUUCAAACCGGAUUAUUCAGGUUUCGAAGUACCUGAUCAUUUUAUUGUUGGCUAUGCGUUGGAUUACAACGAAUACUUUCGGGAUUUGGAGCACAUAUGCGUGAUGAAAGAAUCGGGCAUUACGAAAUACAAAGUUCAAGAUGGUGAUAAAGUCGAAUAA